CCAUGGCUCCACCACUCAGUGGGAAGCUGCACCUGGCCCAGUCAGCAGAGGAGGCCACAGAGGCUACAGAGGUAGCUGAGCCGGCCGCCAGCGAGACAGACGGCACCUUGGGACCUCCAGGGCCCUUCAUGGAGCACGUCUUCACAGACCCCCAGCCUCCGGUGGUUGAUGCUGGCAAAUACGACCGGUGUGCAGGUCAGUUAAAAGAGGAGUUUAACUCCCCACCCCAGGAGACGGAGGAUGGAAACGACGACCCCAAAGCUUGCACCAGCGUUGUCCCCACCAUGUGGCUGGGAGCACAAAAUGGCUGGCUUUACGUCCAUUCUGCAGUGGCCAACUGGAAGAAGUGUCUCCACUCCAUCAAACUGAAGGACUCUGUGCUCAGUCUAGUGCAUGUGAAGGGUCGUGUGCUGGUGGCUCUGGCAGACGGGACAUUGGCUAUCUUCCACAGAUCUGAUGAUGGGCAGUGGGACCUGUCAAACUACCACCUGAUGGACCUGGGUAGACCGCACCACUCUAUCCGCUGCAUGGCCAUGGUCCAUGACAAAGUGUGGUGUGGCUACAAGAACAAGAUCCAUGUCAUCCAGCCCAAGAGCAUGCAGAUAGAGAAGUCCUUUGACGCCCACCCUCGCAGGGAGAGCCAGGUGAGGCAGCUGGCGUGGAUCGGGGAUGGGGUGUGGGUGUCAAUCCGUCUGGACUCCACGCUGCGUCUCUACCACGCCCUCACACACCAGCACCUACAGGAUGUCGACAUCGAACCAUACGUCAGCAAGAUGCUGGGUACUGGCAAGCUGGGCUUCUCCUUUGUGCGAAUAACAGCCCUUCUUAUUGGUGGAAACCGCCUGUGGGUGGGGACUGGGAAUGGUGUGGUCAUCUCCAUACCACUGACAGAGACGGUAGUCCUUCAUCGGGGACAGCUCCUAGGUCUGAGGGCCAAUAAGGUGUCUCCAACAUCGUCCGGCGGCGUGGCCGGGGGUGUGAUUCAUGUGUAUGCGGACGACAACCCAGAGAAAAGCAGCGGCAGCUUCAUUCCAUACUGCUCCAUGGCCCAGGCUCAGCUCUGUUUCCAUGGACACCGAGAUGCCGUCAAGUUCUUUGUCUCUGUUCCAGGCAACGUGUUGGCCACCCUAAAUGGUAGUGUGCUGGACAGCCCAUCAGAGGGUCAGGGGUCCUCGGCACAGCCGGAGGCUGAGGCUCAGAGCAUACAGAACGUUCUGGUGCUGAGUGGAGGGGAGGGCUACAUCGACUUCCGCAUCGGUGAUGGCGAGGACGACGAGACAGAGGAAGGGGAGGUGCCGGGGGGUGCCCCGCAGAUGAAGCCUGCUGUGUGCAAAGCCGAGCGGAGCCAUAUCAUCGUAUGGCAGGUGUCCUACAUCCCCGUGUGACACUCCCACCCUCAAGGGUUACCUUGCAUCCCCCUGUCCCCCUUCUUGCGCCCAGAUUAUCAACCCUUCCCCCAUCCUAAAACUAACCCACCCUACCCACCCCUCCCUGCCCCUGUAUCUACCCCUGGUCAUGAUGUAACUAUCCCUAGGCUUGGGAAUGACCCCUCAGCCCCUGUAUGUACUAUUACACCCAUUUUAUCUAUUGAUAUCCCCCAAAAAACCUUGUAACUACCUAUUGCCUUGUAAGUAUCACUCCCCCAGUCCAGUAACUUUCCAAAUAGCUUGACUAUGACUAUCCCCUUCCCGUCCCUCGCCCUGUUUUUUUGCCGCUUCUACCAAUGUAAUUAUUUCCCCCCACCAUGAGCCUUGUAAUUACCCCUGCCUCCUAACUACCUCCGCUACCCUGUAUCUACUCCCUAAAGCCUGGAGUGUGUCUUAAUUGGCACCCUAGUCCAUAUAUGGUGCAUUACUUUUGAUCAGGGCCCAUAUGGUGCUGGACAAAACUAAUGCACUAUAUAGGGAAUAGGGUGCCUUUCAGACAUACCUGUAUUUAUUUCCCCUGGAAGGACAUCUGUAUCUUUCCUGUAUUGACCUUUGACUUGUAAUGGCCUGCAUCUGCCCCCAAACUACUCCCUGAUACCUACAAUCACCCCUAACUCCUCCUUUUCUCGCUUUGCCCACCUCUUACCAACAUACAAGUACAGGAACAUUAAAGACUACUGCGUAAUAUAACGCCUCUCCAGGAAUUACCCAAGAUUUGCAGCAACAGCCAACCAGUAAUCCAAAAACUAUUUAUGGUAUGACUUACUAAAACCCCCCACCUCCAAUCAGCUUUCAGCUCACUGAACCACGAUCGAAACAGAGACAGCUGAUUGGUCAAGAGGGAUUCAGGGACAGGCAGCUAUUGGUCGGAGUGAGUGACACAGUCACUAGCCACUCAUUGCUGAGUUGAAUGUAGAGAGAGAGAGAGACUGAGAGUUGAUUGGUUGGUUCAGGGUGAUUUUACCUCAGCCAGCUGUUAGAAGGUGAGGAGACGUUGUUGAAUGUACGUGGAAAAAACAAGAUCAUUCUUGAAUGCAUUGGCCUGUAAAUACAGUGAAAUUUGAUCAGGAGGUGUGCAGACUCAGGAUGGCACCCUACGCCCUCCCUUUAUAAUGCACUAUUUUUGACUAGAGCCCUAUGGUUCUUUGUCAAAAGUAGUGUACUAUAUAGGGAAUAGGGUGCCAUUUGGGUACAGCUGUAGUAAAAUUCAUGGGGGAUGACUGAUCCAGAAAAACAGGUGUAGUGGAGUAAAGAGAAACUCUUGAUUUGGCAUCUGAGGAUGAACAGGGAUUGUAAUUGUUCCACGAUAGAAGCAAGUUUCCAGACAGCCUUUUGGACAUAGAUUGUCUGUGUUUGAGCGCAUCAAAUAUGUGAUGCAUUGUGGGUAAGUUGGGACUGACUGAUUGAUCUACAAAUAAUAAUGAGUAUUUAUUUAUGAUGCAAGGUGAUUUGUAGAUCAGUCAGUCGGCUACACUGUCGAUCAAACCCAAACUCUCCUGUAGAGAAAAUGGACAGAUAAAGAGUCUCAGUUCUAUUUCGGCCUUUGUAAAAACCUAAAUCCUCUCAGGUCUGUGAACACCAAAUGGGUAAGGGCGUAGGGGAAAGUAACCGUGCCGAAAUGUAACUGUGCCAAAUAGUGGAAGGAGAGAGAGAGAGCCAGGCAUAUCCUCGAGCUGUGAGCUGAUUGGUUCAUAACUGAUUCACCAACCACCCACUGCUCUAAUUCUCUGUUCCCAGACUGACAGUUGGACAGUGAGGUUUGUGCUUGGUCGCCUGUUUUGAGUGACAGCUGUCAUUGAGGAUUCUGUAACUCUCCAGACAUGCCCAAGGCCCCUCCCCCUCUUGUUCAGUAUGUAACUCAUAUCUCUUUAUCUGUGUGGAUUAAUUAUUAAACCUAGUGUGCGCUGAAAACCAGA